AGCCUAACCCCUUACUUAUAAUGUUUAUGGUUGUGAUUUUGAUGAGUAAUGGUUGUUUUUGUGUUGGUAAUCCCACUGUUUGCUUCCAUUAAUAGAUGUUUUCGUCAUCUCUUUGCUUGUCCAGAGCCAUAGUUAGGUCAUAGGCAGUCAAGUGUACCUUAUCUUUGUGUUGGGAAUGUUUUAGUUUUCGUGGGUUGGACUAGUGACUCAGAAGCACAUGAUUUUUUUUUCUUUCUUUCUAUUUUUUUCUAGUUUAUUUUUUAUUUUUUAUAAAAUACGAUGUGGUCAAUCUGGAAAUGCUAAACGUGUUCAGGUAAAAUGACCUCUUGAUGACUUGUGAGGCUAACUUUGUGUUUUCCUAUAAAAUGGGGCGUGGUUCACGAACAUUAACAAUUAAUCUCAAGUGACACUGGUCGGGAUACUUCCGUGUUUUUCUAAGGCUGACACGUUCGGGGCAUAGCCGUGCAAAUCCGCUUUUACCAGAACACACUGUAAUUUAAAAGUGGUCAGUCCGGUUCUGUGUGCGGAUGAACCAAGCAUUAAGUCAGCAAACAUUAUAUUUAAGCUGUGCUUAUGGGUGCACGCGCGCGCGUUUGUGUGGGAAUUCACGAAUUCACCUGCUUGACGUCACACGUCUUGUCUUUGUAGCUCGCGCCGCCUUCGUCAGAGCUUCAGUAUAACCUGGCUGGGAGACGCUGAAGGAACCUCCACGCUGACUUGAACACUUCCUGAUUUUUUUUUUUAUUUUUUGUUUAGUCUUUGAAGUUGGUCAGACUCCAGCUUUCAGGAACCGGACUCCGCGAGGACCCGCGGCAAACAGACCGCUUACUGUCGGGUCAAAGAAGUGACUGAAGGUGAGUGGUCACCAUGCCGCCCUUCCUGCGUAUUGCCGUCAACACUUAUGAGGCUGGCGAUUUGCCGCCUUUCGAUGACAUUCCCUUAUGUGCCAUCAGACUGAAGGAAUCUAUCAACACAGAACGAGGGAAGGCCUUGGUUCAAAGGAAGCCAACCAUGUAUCCCCCCUGGAUGUCCAGUUUUGACGCUCACAUCUCUGAGGGCCGUGUCCUUGAAGUGAUCCUGAUGCAGGGCACUGAUAUACCUGUGGCCAAAGCCACCAUGGGAGUGUCUGUGCUAGCCGAGCGCUGUAAGAAGUCUAGGACCAAUGAGAAAAAUGAAUUCUGGGUAGACUUGCAGCCAUCAGGAAAGGUUCAGAUGGCAGUGCAGUAUUUCCUGGAGGACGGUGACGCAGAGGCAAUGACACAGCCCACGAAGGCUGUGGACGGAAUGCAAACCCUGAACAGAAGGAGAGGAGCUGUCAAGCAGCCAAAAGUUCACGUCGUCAAGAACCACGAGUUCAUCGCCACCUUCUUCAACCAGCCAACCUUCUGCUCUAUCUGCAAAGAAUUUGUCUGGGGACUCAACAAGCAAGGUUACAAGUGCAAACAAUGCAACGCUGCAAUCCACAAGAAGUGCAUCGAUAGCGUUAUUUACAGGUGUACUGGAACAGCAGCCAACAGUCGUGACACUAUGUUCCAGAAGGAGCGCUUUAAUAUCGAUAUGCCACAUCGCUUCAAGCCCUACAACUACAAGAGCCCCACGUUCUGCGACCACUGUGGCAGCCUGCUGUGGGGCCUCUACAGGCAGGGCCUGAAAUGUGAAGCUUGUACGAUGAACGUCCAUUCUAACUGUAAAAGCAAAGUGGCUAAUCUGUGUGGAAUCAACCAGAAACUGCUGGCAGAAGCUCUGUCUCAAGUCACAAUCUCGCAGAAAUCCUCAAAAAAAACUUCAGGCUCUGAAUCCGAGAGUUCCAAAUCGGAUCCGUCAGAAGUUCCUGAUAUCGGCAUCUACCAAGAUGUGAAUAAAUCAAUAGUAGAUACAAAUGUCGACAAGAGCAAGACUCCUACCCCAGCCCCCGCUCCUCAAGUGCACCUCACUCUCAAUCACUUGGUGUUCCACAAGGUGCUGGGAAAAGGAAGUUUUGGCAAGGUAAUGUUAGCGGAGCUGCGGGGAAAGGGUCAGUUCUUUGCCGUGAAGAUUCUGAAGAAGCACGUCGUUCUCAUGGAUGAUGAUGUGGAGUGUACCAUGGUGGAAAAGAGAGUCCUGGCUCUCGCCUGGGAGAACCCCUUCCUCACUCACCUUUACUCUACAUUCCAGUCCAAAGAGCACCUGUUCUUUGUAAUGGAGUAUCUGAAUGGAGGUGACUUGAUGUUUCACAUUCAAGAGAAAGGCCGCUUUGACAUCAACAGAGCCACAUUCUACGCUGCUGAGAUAGUGGCAGGAUUGAGUUUCCUUCAUGCAAAAGGAAUUGUUUACAGGGACUUGAAGCUGGACAACAUCAUGCUGGACAGUGACGGACACAUAAAGCUGGCCGACUUCGGCAUGUGCAGAGAGAACAUCUCUCAAGAAAACAGAGCCUCCACGUUUUGUGGAACCCCAGACUACAUUGCACCUGAGAUCCUGCUUGGACAAAAGUACACCUUCUCAGUGGACUGGUGGUCCUUUGCUGUGCUGGUGUAUGAGAUGCUGAUCGGUCAGUCACCUUUUCAAGGUGACGAUGAAGAGGAGCUGUUUGAAUCCAUCAGGACAGACGCUCCUCACUACCCUCGAUGGAUCACCAAGGAAUCCAAGAGUCUGCUUGAACUACUGUUUGUGAAAGAUCCAAAAGUCAGGAUGGAUGCAGUUGGGUGUAUUCGUUUACAUCCCUUCUUCAAAUCUAUCAACUGGACUGCCCUGGAAAAGAGACAAGUGGAACCCCCCUUCAAGCCUAAAGUGAAAUCCCCAAGUGACUGCAGCAACUUUGAUCGUGAGUUCCUCAACGAGAAACCCCGCCUCUCCCAGUGUGACAAAAACCUGGUUGAAUCCAUGGACCGCAAUGCAUUCGCCGGCUUUUCCUUUGUCAACCCCAAACUGGAAAGUAUGAUAAGCUAAUCAACAGGAAAAACUAUAUUCUCUGAAGCACAGCUCUACCUCGGCAGUGUGUUAUGGGCUGUGCAGUUCUUUUAUUAUGUACUCUUCUGUCAGCUGGACUUAAAGUUCCUCUACUGCAACAUGAAUGUUACCAAAAUUUAAAAUUCAGCUUUAAUUGUGUAAGGUGAACAAUAGUCUUUAAAUUCAGGAUGGUAAGGGAGAUUUUAGUUUUUUGUUGUUUUUUAUUCUUGCAACAACUGUUGCAGCACAGUCAAUGAUUAAUUCCCUUGUACUUUAUUGUUUUCUGCCAUCUCUUCUUUAUAUUAUAGUUUGAAUUUAUACUUUUACCAUCAUUGUAUUUUUAAGUUUUUAUUCACAGGAAAAAGGGUAACAUUUUUAUUUAAUCAAGCAAUAAUGUAUAAACCUGGGGAAAACACAAAGGCCAAAAUCACCUGCACAGUUCAGUUUCACCAGCUGUUUUAUUAAGAGGCAUACGAGAUCCAGUUUUAUUGUUUCUUGAUGAGAGAACACUUGCUAAUGUAGUCAUUGUAUAGAGAAGUCUUCAAAUGGAGGUUAUUUUUGAAUCAUUUAUCCUGUACUGUAAGCAAAUUAUUACGAAGUCAAAUUUUAGAUACAUUUGGAGGCAAGUGUGAAUUUUUUAUUUUUUCACUGGAGAUGAUUCCUUCAGAGUCCUACUUUGUAAGAUGUAAGAUUUUAAUGAGUCUUAUUUUGUGCACUACUUGUACCAAAUACUAUUCUAUGUAUUAAACUACGUUGUACUAUCA